AUGCAAGCCAGCUUUCAGCGUCCGGAAGGCUAUUCGGUGUGCCAUCAGGCCUUGAUGCCACAGGUUCCAGAUCCCGAAUCUUUGCCAACUGAAGAGCAGCGAUUCAAGAACCUCUUGCAUGAUCCAGAGAUCCAGCCCUUGGCCAAAUGGAUCCUGAAGCACAGGCAGGGCUGCUGGAACUCCGCUUUGACUCUCUCAUCGAUCUUUUGGACAUGCUACUGGGUGCAACCAGGAAGAAAUUCGUCAAUCCGAUUGAUGUCCGCGUUGUUCUUGAUGCGCUCAAUUGGCCUCGGCCUGAGCCAAUAUGGUGCCGACCUGAUCUUGAGGUUUCAUGGAAAAGCGUUGUCGCAAGGGUUUGGGGGCUUCGGUUGA